AUGAGGAUCGUUUGUGUGUUGGUCGCGUUGAUUCUGGGCAUUUCUGCUUCCGGAGAUGUCCUGGAAUACACUGACAGCAACUUCGAGGAACUUAUACCUUCACACGAAGUCGCCUUGGUGAAAUUCUACGCUCCAUGGUGCGGUCAUUGUAAAAAGAUGGCCCCAGAGUUCGACAAAGCAGCGACGAAACUGAAGGCGAAUGAUCCUCCCAUCACCCUCGUGAAGGUCGACUGUACCGUCGAGAAGGCCACAUGCGACAAAUUUGGCGUGAAGGGAUUCCCAACAUUGAAGAUCUUCCGUAAUGGAUUAGAAGCUCAGGCAUAUGAUGGACCUCGUGAUGCAGAGGGCAUUAUAAAGUACAUGCGCGGACAAGCAGGCCCAUCUGCGAAGGAACUCAAGUCUGUAGAGGAAUUCAAGAAGUUUGUCGAAGGAGACGAGAAUGCCGUUGUUGGUUUCUUCGAGAACGAAAGCAAGCUGAAGGAUUCCUUCCUCAAAGUCGCCGAUACCGAAAGAGAUCGAUUCCAGUUUGGUUAUACAUCAAAUGCAGCUGUUCUCAAGGAGGCUGGAUACACUGACGAUAUUGUGGUCUACACGCCAAAGAAACUGCACAACAAGUUUGACCCCAAUGAAUUCAAGUACGAUGGCAAUUACGACACGGAUAAGAUCAAGAGUUUCCUCAUUCACGAUACUGUUGGAAUGGUUGGUAUUCGUACGAUGGGUAAUCUGUUCCAAUUCGAGCAGAAGCCUCUUGUGAUCGUUUACUACAAUGUGGAUUAUCUGAAGGACCCCAAAGGGUCGAACUACUGGCGUAAUCGCGUGCUGAAGGUAGCGCAGGACUACAAGAGGAAAGUUCAUUUCGCUGUGUCAAAUAAGGAGGAGUUCUCAUCCGAAGUUGAUCAGAAUGGUCUUGCUGAGCGUAAGGACUCGGAUAAACCAAUCGUGGCGGCUAUUACAAAUGAAGGCAAAUUCCCUAUGGAUGAUGAGUUCAGCGUGGAGAAUCUCAAGAAGUUUGUCGAGGACCUAUUAGCUGGUAAUAUGGAUCCAUACAUGAAGUCAGAACCUAUUCCUGAGGAUAACGAUAAACCAGUCAAGGUUGCUGUUGGCAGAAACUUCAAGGAAUUGGUGAUGGAUGCCGAUAAGGAUGUCCUUAUUGAGUUCUAUGCACCAUUCCCAACCAUCUACUGGUUACCGAAGAACAGCAAGGAUUCUCCAGUGCCUUACAAUGGUGGCCGUGAAGUGAAGGACUUCAUUUCAUUCAUCGCCAAGCAUUCCACUGAUGGUCUCAAGGGCUAUUCACGUGACGGAAAGAAGAAGAAGACCGAGUUGUAG